AGGAACGACGAAAAUAUGUUUUGAUUUUAAAGAGAGAUGUUUAAAAAUUGUGUUAAAUUGAACGAUUCCAAUUAUUUUAAUUCUAACGUUAUUGAUUUUGAAUUUACAUUUAUUGGUGGUUGUGCCAAUUCGGCUUUUGGCGCGACAAUUUCCGCAUUUAAAUGUACAUCAUACGUCUUAGUUAAACGUUAAUUAUUUAUGCAGUAAAGAAUUCAAAUCGCCUUUAAAGCCGUCUCUAUAUUUGUACAUUUAUAUCUAUUCCAGUACGUUUUCCAAUACGUUUAAAAGACAUAAUAAAAGAUCAUUUUAAUUGGAAAGGCCUAAGAUGGCGCAGACGCGGUAUAGCAGCGACGUGCGAUAGAAUACGACAUGACGAAUGACUAGACAAAAAUGUAGGAAUUACAUUUGUUCAAUUGGUUCUUAAAUAUGUAUAUUGCUUAAUGAUCAUAGAAAUUUCUAUGUCUCAGAUCAAGUAUAAAUUAUUAAUUAAUCCUCAACAGUCACAAUGGAAGACACAAAUUGUUUAUUUCAUCGUAAUAUUUUUAAUAAUCGGUACACUAUGUACUUGGGUCAGUAUAUUGAUAUUGAAGAUAUUCUAUGUUCAAACUUUGGAAGAAUUAAACCAAGAAGAAAAGACAUUAGCUCGUACAUGGUGGUUACGUAAAGCACAAAUGCAUGGGAAGUCAAUGAAAGAGAAUCAUAGUGGAAAUAAAAAUAUAAACAUUGAUCGUGAAUGGCAAUCUAAUAAUUCAACGGAAAAAAUUAUUGUAUGCUAUUACACGGUACCGAAAGACUCCAAUACAGUGCGGAAUCUUUUUCCGUCACAAAUAGAUCCACAUAUUUGCACCCACAUUAUUAUAGGUUUUGCAAGUAUCAUAAAUUGUACGGUUGACCUGGGUGUCAAUACCAGGAUUUACGAGGAUGUCGUUGAUCUCAAGAAAAAUAAUUCUAAAUUAAAAGUUAUGAUCAGUAUUGGCGGUAGUAAUGAACUUAAUUCUGGGUUUCCAGAAAUGGUUAAGAACCAUGCAAAUCGAAAACGAUUUAUAAGAUCCGUGUUAAAUGUAACAGAGAAAUUUAAGUUUGACGGAUUAGAUCUCGAUUGGGAGUUUCCAGGAUUGUUCGAACCUAAAGGAAAAGAGAAAAUACAUUUUGUACAAUUAAUUCACGAAGUAAGGAAGGAAUUUGAUCAUAGGAGUGAAAAAUUAAUCUUAUCAGUAGCCGCGGCAGCUCCGCAAGUUAUCAUAGAUCAAAGCUAUAGUGUUCCUGAAAUUGCAGAGCACGUUGACUUUAUAAACCUUAUGUCAUACGAUUACCAUUAUUACAUUUGGUAUUUUCCUGUAACUGAUUUAAAUGCUCCUUUAUUCCCGUAUGUUAUGGAAUCGGGAUACUUGGACACACUUAAUGUAAACUUUUCUGCACAUUAUUGGAUAACGAAAAGGAUGCCAAGAUAUAAAAUUGUCGUUGGCAUACCAACGUAUGGUCAUUCAUAUAAAUUAGAUAAUCCUUUAAAUCACAAGUUACAAGCGCCGGCUAAUGGAUUUGGUAAACUUGGUUUAAAUGGCUUUGUAUCUUAUUCGACUAUUUGUCAAUUCUUGAAGAACGGAGCAAGUAAUGUUUUUGUAAAUAAGAGCAAAGUACCAUACGCUUACAGAGACGAAGAGUGGAUAUCAUAUGAUAAUAAUGAAAGUAUAUAUUAUAAGACAAAGUGGAUACUUGCUAAUGGUUUCAAAGGUGCUAUGAUUUUUUCUCUGAAUACCGAUGAUUGGAAAAAUGAAUGUAAUACAAAUGAAACCUUUCCAUUGACACGUACUAUUACAAAAUUAUUUAACGAAGAAAAAGAUUAAUAUCUUCAAAUAAAAAGAUUAAGAAAGAUUAAUACGUAAGGGAUCAAUGGAUUUUUACUUUGGUAUUGAUGAACAUAACAAAAAUCAAAGAGUAAAGAAACAAUGAGAUUGGCAUAAUUCAGAUAACAAAAUGUUCUCGUUUUCUUUCUUUCCUUUUCUUUUUUUCUUUUUUUCUUUUUUUCUUUUUACGAAAGCCAAAAUUUUUGUAACCUGUUGUACUUAAACAAAUUGUUUGAAUAUAUUACGAUUAAAAUAUUGAUCAAAAUCAAAGAAAGAAUUUUUCAUAUUAUAGUGUAUGUAAAUAAGUACAUAUAUACAGUAUAUAAUAGUAAGUGCAUAUAUAAGUACAUAUAUACAGUGCUCGCAUUACUUACGUAUACGAUCCUAUAGACAUAGAAAAAGGAAAAACAUUUAGAUUGGAUGUAGUACAGCAAUAGUAAUUCUUAUCGACGGAUUUAAAUUUAAUCGAUUUGGAUUAUCUAACGAUAAAUUAUAGAUGAAACGUCGUAAAGGAGAAAAAUUUGGGCAUUUCAAAUGUUCUAAAACCGACUGUUAAAGUUAUUAUUGAGGCGGUAUUCUAUGACAAUGAAAGGUAUGUCUUCUUAUUCAUUGAACUACGGAAAUAAUAUGGGGUGUAUUAUAAUAUCGUAAAAACAUGUAUUUCUACCAUUCGCCGAAUAAUAUAGUAUACCAGAAGAAUA